AUGCCGCAUUUCCUUAUCAACGCAAAAACGUCUGCUUCGUUUGAUUUCGAAGAGGACCUUGGUGGCAGGAAGUCUACGCUGCUCCUCGAUGGCAUGAUGGCGCGAAUAAAGGACAGUGAAACUCUCUCAGAUGCAUUCGCAGUGACCGACGGAGUGAAGCAGGGCUGCAUCCUCGCUCCCACACUACUCAGCCUUACGUUCUUUGCCAUGCUGAUGGACGCCUACCGUGACGAACGCCCUGGGAUCCGCAUCGCCUACAGGACGGACGGCCCACUCCUCAAUCACUGGCGGAUGCACUUCCAGUCGCGUGUAUCCACAACUACCGUCCAUGAACUUCUCUUCGCUGACGAUUGUGCUCUCAACGCGACCGCAGUAAGGGACAUUCAGAGGGGCAUGGAUCUCUUCGCCGCCGCCGCCGCCGCCGCCGCCGCCACAGCCGCCUGCGACUACUUAGGCCCGCUCAUCAACACCGAGAAAACGGUGGUUAUGCAUCAACCGUCACCCGAUGCUGUCUACGUCGCACCCCAAGUCAACCUGAACGGCUCCCAGCAGCAACUCUUGGACAACUUCGUCUAUAUAGGAAGCACACUCUCGCGCAACACAAACAUCGAGGACGAGGUUGCCCGUCUGCUGUCCAAAGCCAGGCUGUAA